AUGGCCUCGUCAAGCUCCGUCAAGGACCUCUGCAAGGUCAUCACAGCCUACAUAGUAGAGCCUGCAUUGCCGCUGCCGGACGACGUCAGGGCUGCUAUCGACGCAUACCUCGACAAGCACGAGAUCUACGAUGACACCGUUGCCGACCGACUUCAGGAAGAGCUUGUCGCCAUCUUUGAAAAAUAUGUCCGAGGGAAUACAUCUGCUACAGGCCCAUGGAUGGCCGUCCUGCGCCGCAUCCAAAUGGCCUUGCAGAGCCCAGAAAAGGUGCUCUUCUGGUUCGAUGCAUGCCAGAAUAUCCUCGACAAUACGCCUCUGGACAAGGCUGUAGUCAAGGAGACAAUUGCUGCCAUGAUGAACACGGCCCUCUUGGCCGAGAAGCUGCAGGAUUCCUUCGAGAAAGAAUCGACAUCCAAUCCCAUCAUAGACCGUCUCCUUUCCAUUUGGGUAGAUAACUUCUACCCUGCUCACAUCGAAGGCAACAAAUCUUUGGAACACAACGAGCAGCUUCUGAGAGAAGCUUUGGGUCAAUUUGGGAGGAGGAAACCAAAGGAGUUCUUCGCUUCGCUCAACAAGCUUUUUGUCAAGAAAACGCAUCGAAAACCUCUUCUAAGAUUCUUCUGCGCCUUCAUCCAAGGACAGCCACCACAUUUGUACCAGAUUCUGGAGACGCGACUCUGGACAAGCCUGCUGCUGUGCUUGCAGCUCGACACAUCCACGACAGUGGUGUCCGCAGCCUUGACUGCUCUGAUCAUGCUGCUGCCACACAUGCCUAGCGACCUAGUGCCCCAUCUGCCGACGCUAUUUAAUAUAUACGCGCGUUUAUUAUUCUGGGAGCAGGAACGAUCGGGCUCCAUAGAGAUGCCGUCUCUAGACGCCGCUCACACAGCAACCUGGGAAUCAUGCGUCUAUGAGCCAGAGUCUGAGGACUUGGAGAUCGGCCACCUUGGGCAGUACUUUUCCGUCUUAUAUGGUCUCUACCCCAUCAACUUAAUGGAUUACAUUCGGAAACCGCAACGUCACCUCCGUCACGCCGAAACUUCAGACUCUAGCAGUAUUGUGGUGCAGCCUACAGAGAUUAGGCAUCAUUCUGAACAGUUCUGCAGCAUACAUGUUCUGCACCCCAACUUUUACACAUUAACAAUCGAAUCCGAAAAGACGGAUUUCUCGCGAUGGAUGAAGUGUGAAGCCGCUGAAGUCGUCGCAGGGUGUAUGGGACUACGCACGACAACCGAAGCUGAUCCUUUCACCGAGGGGGGCCUUCCGCCUGUGCAAGCAGUGGAUGUCAUCGCCUCAGCACAUAGUUGCGACGAGCCUCAGCGUGUGACGUCUGAUCCGGCAUUGCUAAGCAGCAACAAGGUGGACAACUGGCGUAAAGCUCAGUUUUGUAGUGCAGAGUCCGUGUGCAGCGACCGAACGCCUUCGAUGAUGCUACGCAGAGGUUCACAAUCCAGUCAACCGUCCAAUAGAGAGUCGGGUGACACCAGGACUAGACACACGGAUAGCCCUACGCAACUGGCACAGUCGCCAUCCCACACGCAGUUGCAAGAUAUGAUCAAGUCGAAUAAAACAAUCAAAUCAGGCCUCCAUCAGACUCUCGCGAACGAUAGUGUUGCUUCACUGGCUUUGAGUCACCCUGAUUCGAACGCUGACAGGUCGACGAAAGAUUCGAUGCCACCGCCUGCCCUGCCACCCACAUCUGGCGCCAUACCGCCGUCGAGUGAUCUCAAUGCUCUAGUGGUACAGCUUCGACGUCGCGUACUUCUUUUGGAGAAUGACUUGAGCUUUGAGCGUUUCUUGAAGCAACAACACAUGACGCACAUUGGGGACCUCCGACGACGCCAGGUUGUGGAAGCUGCCACAGAAGCUGAAACGCAAAAUUUGCUCAUGACCAACCGCAACCUCAAGAACCGGUACGAUGAAGCCAAGAAGGCGGAAAUGCAAGUGCGGAAAGAAUCGGAAAAAAGUCGUGCAAUGGCAAAGAAGUGGGAGACGGACUUCUACAAUAAGCUGAAGAAUAUGCGCGAAGACCUCAAGAAGUCGACUGCAGAGGUAGAAGAGCUAGAGAACGAGCUUGCCGCAUCCAAAGAGGAGUGCGACAAGCUGCGAGUACUCCUGUGCGAUGCAGAAGUAAAAGAGCUCAACUGGAAGCAGCACGCGCAGUCUGUUGAGAUUCACAGGGUCGAGAUGGAACGUCUUCGUGACGAGGUCAGUCGACUUACUGUAUCCGAGCGAGAUUUCCAGGCCAAGGAUUUAGAGAGGCAGGAGGCUAUGAACAGAGCAGCAGAGACACAGAAUAGACUGGAAGAGCUGCAGAUGAAGCUGACAGCGCAGGAAGCUGAAGUUCAGCGAACCAAGAGACUCUUCCAAGGUCAGUUGGCAGCUUUGCAGGAACAACUGUCAAGGACACAAGAGGAGCGAUCACGACCAGGGGCCAAUUCGGACCUGGCAAUCGAAUCGUCGCUGGCUGGCAGCCGAGCCAAGCAGGCAGAAUUGCAGAAGCAGUUUGAUCUGCUCCAGCGCAAGUAUACAAAACUACAGUCGUCGCUCCUGGACAUGAACUCGUCAGCACCGGCACCGGUGCACACUUCUACAGGAGGGGAGCGCGACGGCAGUGACUAUCUGUCGACUUCGGCAAGCCCUGUGAUGAUGCGAGCGGCAGCCCACGGACCACCAGAAAGCGUAGCAGAUGCGAAGCCGCACAAUGGGAUGCCGCCAUUGGAUUCGAAGGCGGGAGCAGGGAUGACUGCGAUGCCAAGUCCUUCAGGCAAAGGUCAAGAAGGGACGGGGCGAAGUCCCGAGCAGAGACAUUUUGGUACAGGUUUACACAGUCGGCUGCGACGGGAUGGUGGUGACAAGGGAAAAGAUGAUGGCGGUAGCUCAUCGAGUAAGCCCAAGAAGGAGAAGAGAUCUACGCUGCGAGGAAUUCGAGGAUUUGUUUAG